GCCGUCUUGUCUCCGGGUUCGUCCCCAGGACAGGAAGCAGGCCGACGGCUCGUGAGGAUGGAGCUCGGUCCGGACGCUGCCGCCCGUCGUAGAGACAUAUGACCUCUCCGGCGUCAGCGUACAGCCUCCGCUCGCUUCAUGCACGAUGCACCCGGGGACUGAGGCCGGGUAUGAGUCGGACGCCUGUGGCCGGCUGCCGUUAGCUUAGCUCCCGCUUGUCUCUGCCUGUCUCGCCGCAGCCGGAGCUCCGUCUGGCCGCCGAGGGCUCAGCUGAUCCGCUGCGGCAGGACCGGGACUCCGGCUGGAAGAUGCUGAGGCCUUAGAUGUCAGACAGGCGACGGUGUGCUCGGUCAACAAAUCCAGACAUGUCCUCCCAGCUCCAGGUGUUCUCCUCCCCCUCCGUCUCCUCCAGCGCCUACUCUCGGCCAAAGAGGCUGAAGGUUGAGAACCCCACCUGGGAUGUGUCCAACCAGUUGGCGGAGAGCGGCUUCUACCAGCAGAGCCCGUCCCAGGGCGCUGCCCCCUCCACCUCCGGCGCCAACUUCGACCUGGCGUACAACUCCAACCAGGUCCAUCUGCCCGCAGCCGGCUCCAGGGAGCAGACGGUGGUGCGGGCCGCGGACAGCACGGGGAGCGUCCGCGGACCCGCUUCCUCCUCCUCCUCUUCCUCCUCCACCUCCUCCAGCCGGCACAUUAAGGAGGCGGGCUCCUCCUCCCAGCACUGCGAGCUUUACCAAAAGCAGUACAGCUUGAAGAGGAAGAGCGAGGAGGUGGACAGCAGCGACAGCGUCCAGAUCCUGGAGGAGCUCUCGGCGCCGGUGGUAUCGAACCGUGCCGGCGGCGGAGGGGGGACCACCACCGCUCAGUCCAUCGCUCACUCCACCUCCACCACCAAAAGCAGCAACUCCCACAGCGAGGGCGACUACCAGCUGGUCCAGCACGAGAUCCUGUGCUCCAUUUCCAACAGUUACGAGGUGCUCGAGUUUCUGGGGCGCGGCACCUUCGGGCAGGUGGCAAAGUGCUGGAAGCGUGGCACCAAUGAGAUCGUGGCCAUUAAAAUACUGAAGAACCAUCCGUCUUAUGCUCGGCAGGGCCAAAUCGAGGUUAGCAUCCUCAGCAGGCUGAGCACAGAGAACGCCGACGAGUUCAACUUUGUCCGCUCGUACGAGUGUUUCCAACACAAGAACCACACGUGCCUGGUGUUCGAGAUGCUGGAGCAGAACCUCUACGACUUCCUGAAGCACAGCAAGUUCAGCCCUCUGAUGCUCAAGUGCAUCCGGCCCAUCCUGCAGCAGGUGGCCACGGCGCUGAUGAAGCUGAAGAGCCUGGGGCUGAUCCACGCCGACCUGAAGCCUGAGAACAUCAUGCUGGUGGACCCGCUGAGGCAGCCGUACCGGGUGAAGGUGAUCGACUUCGGCUCUGCCAGCCACGUGUCCAAAGCGGUGUGCUCCACCUACCUGCAGUCCAGAUAUUACAGAGCUCCAGAGAUUAUUCUAGGUCUCCCUUUCUGCGAAGCCAUCGACAUGUGGUCGUUGGGGUGCGUCAUUGCCGAGCUGUUCCUGGGUUGGCCCCUUUAUCCCGGUGCCUCAGAGUACGACCAGAUUCGGUAUAUUUCUCAGACGCAGGGUCUCCCAGCAGAGUACCUGCUGAGUGCAGGAACCAAGACGAGCCGCUUUUUCAACCGAGGCCCCGACUCGAGCUACCCUCUCUGGAGGCUCAAAACACCUGCAGAGCAUGAGGCAGAGAUGGGCAUCAAGUCGAAGGAGGCGAGAAAAUACAUCUUCAACUGCCUGGAUGAUAUGAUGCAGGUGAACAUGACCAGCCUGGAGGGAACAGACAUCCUGGCAGAGAAGGCCGACAGACGGGAGUUCAUCGACCUGCUAAAGAAGAUGCUCACUCUCGACGCCGACAAGAGGAUAACGCCGAUGAAGACGCUGAACCAUCCUUUUGUUACCAUGACACACCUCCUGCACUUCCCCCACAGCUCACACGUGAAGUCCUGCUUCCAAAACAUGGACAUAUGCAAACGCAGAUGCAGCGCAUUUGAGAACGGGAAGAACAUGUUCGCCAGCAGCGGCGCCCCGAGCGCAGCCGCCAACCUCACCGUCACCUUCAGCAGCCAGCUGAACCAACACAAUCAGAUGGCGUCUACGGGGGGCCCGUCCCUGUCCCUCAGCAGCAACGUGCCGCUGCUCAACUAUCAGCCGGGCCUCUACCAGCAGGCCACCAUCAACAUCCCGGGCCUGACCCAGCAGAGCGUCCCCCUGCAGACCAGACCGACUCAGCUGUGCGCCCAGACCGAACCCUUCCAGCAAACGCUCAUUGUCUGCCCUCCGACCAUCCAGGGUCUCCAAACCACCAGUAAGCCGUCCGGUUACCCCGUGAGAAUGGACAGCUCGGUGCCCUUGGUCGCUCAAAACCAGUCCUCCCAGUCUCUCCACCUGCAGCCCAGCAUGCUGACACAGGGCUGGCCAGCAGGAACGCAGCAGAUCCUCAUCCCGUCCACCUGGCAGCAGAUGCCCGGCAUGUCCAUCCACAACCCGGGCCAGGCCGUGGUGCCCGAGUCGCCCGUGGGAGCUCCGGUGUCUGAUGGCCACCAGGGUGCUGGAUGGAGGGGUCGUAAUGGCAACCAGUAUGACGGAGUCAACCAGCAGGACUCUGGUGCCGGACGCCCGGCGGCCGUGCAGAACCACAGCUCAGGGGCCGCUCAUGUGAGGUCCCAACAAGGCAAGAGGUCGAAGGCCCGGCAUGCCGACAGCAGAGCCAGGCUGCAUUCGGCUUCCACUGUUGUCCACAGCGCUUCUUUCCCCGGGGACCAGUCUCAGCCCAUCGUCAUCUCUGACACGCCGAGCCCCGCCGUCAGCAUCAUCACCAUCCACAGCGACUCGGAGGACGAGGGCGAGGCGAAGGUCAUGGCUGCCUGCUCUGGAACGGGCCAGAGGACAAACGUGAUCAGCUGCGUGACGGUGCACGACUCCCAGGACUCGGACUCUUCCAGCAGCAGCAGCCCCCUGAGCACCGAGACCAAGUCGCAGCCCUCCAAGUCUCUGGCCGUCGUCAUGCCCUCUGUGAAGACUCAGCCCGGGGAGGGCGCAGCCUCCAAGCCAGCGGCAGCUAUGGAUCAAGCUGCAGGAGGCUCCGGAAAGUCCAAGAAGGCGUCCGCCCAGCUGUCGUGUCGCUCGGGGGACUCCACCACCGAUCGGCAUCAGCGCGCGGCGUCCAGCAGAUCUCAGCCCCUUAACCUCAGUCAGGUGCAGCAGUCCGUGAUGGCGUCCUCGCACGGCCACGCAGGAAACGCCGGCUCCCUCCGACGCCAGCCCACGUACCCGCCGCCCGUUUCCUCCCACUCGUCCUACCGCCUUCAGGACGGCGCCCUCUUCAGCUCAGCCCCCAACCUGUACACCUAUCCAGCCUCCGCCGCCCUGGCCUCCGUGUCCCAGGCCGUGGACCAGAUGCAGGGCGGCCGGCCGAGCGGGCCGUACUCCUCCUUGGCGCUGCUGCAGAAGAAUGCCGGCCUGGCCCUGGGAGGGGCCGCGAACGGACAGUACAGCAACCCGCAGGCUCAACCUUUCCACCGCGCCGGUGCUGCUUACCCGAGGAAGCUCAACCAGUACCCCCCUUACCUGUGACGGCCGGGAUGGCAACACUGUCCCAGAACCAGAACCGAGUCUGGAAAUGAGCACAGACCUUUUUUUUUUUUUUUUUUUCUCCCCUUCCUCACAUUAAGUGGCUUGUGCUCCCAGAAAUGCUGUUCUUUUAAAAACGGUUCUAGGUUGUUUUAAUCUGCUCGACUCUUAUUUCUGCUGCAACAUGACGACCAGCGCAGCCCGUUUGGUGAAAGUCUCUGAAGACCCUUUUACUGAAAGUAAAGGGUGUAUGUACGGCGUGUGGGAAGAAAAAAAGAAAACCCAGAACUUGCUGCUUUUUUUUGUUUUGUUUUUUAGUUUUCAUUUUGACAGAACCGUCAAGAGUUUCAUUUACAAACUCGGCUGCCUUUGUUGGGGCAGCUUCCUUUUUUAUUUAAAACGCGUAACGUCUGCACAUUGUGGUCAGCUGGAUUAAUAUGUAUGAAUUAUGAAUGUAGUGUGUAUGUAUUUUAACUUUAUUCUAAAGCAAAAGUUAACGUGCCGUGCUCCGUGCUGAUGUGUUUUAUGUGACAGCGAGUCGAAGGAUGCCUCCCAUAACAGGCCGUGUGUGUGUGUGUGUGUGUGUGAAGAA